CACUCAACUACGUUAUUCAGUGAAAUGAUAUAUAGCACAUGUGUUGGGACUGUACGCUGUUAUGACUGACUCCGACUGACUGAAUAAUGUCGGCAAUGAAUGGAUUACAUGUUAUCAGCGUUCGACUGAUUUUUAUAACAACUUUACUACUACCGUUAGUUUUCUGUAAACCGUUGGAAUGUUUUGGGCAGUGGCAAGCAAUACACAGAGCAUGUUACAAAUUUGAUGAAAGUCCAAGAACAUGGCAGGCUGCAUCUGAUUCCUGCCAAGAAGAUGGAGGAGAAUUAAUGUCCAUUGGCUCUCGGGUAGAAUUUAUGAAGAUUAAGAAAGCCGUUCAAGCUAGAAUCAACAAGGAUCAUAUGUUGACGUGGUGGGUGGGUUUAAGACGAGAUACUGACUCUCGUAGAUUUGACAGAUGGUUGGAUGGUGGCAUCUUCUCAACUCGUGUAACCCAGUGGUCUCCGGGGGAACCCAAUAACAGAAGACAACGAGAAAAUUGUGCUGAAUUUAAGUUUGAUGGGAAACUUAAUGAUAAAGAUUGUACAAUGGAAAGACCGUUUGUCUGUGAAUUAGUAACGAUUACUCAACGAACAACUCUCCAAACAACAGCCCAAGCUACAACAGAAGCGUCUACUACCAAAGCAACAACUCUUUUGACAAGUACAGCUAGCGAGGUAACGUCACCAAAACCAAACACCCCACCGGAUACAACAGUGACCACCAAGAAACUGCCAGUCGUAGUGGAAGAAGUCGGAGAGGAUCCGACAACUACGCCAGCUACCUUAAAACCCGUACUGCAGGAUGAGGAAGAGGAUCUCUCCAUUUACAAGGUCUGUUUUGAUUAUGAUAAGAUUGUCAAAAGCAGGAAAAAGAACAAGAUGAGUUCCAAUAUGAUUCAUUUUGAUACCAGCAACACGUGUCCUUCCAUGGCAUCAUCAGAGAUAUCAUGGCCGCAAACAGAGGGCGGACAGGUGGCUGUGAUGCAAUGCAAGAGAGGAACAGGUAAGGCUACCUUUACGUGUGGCCAAAAUCCAACUUGCUGGCGAGGUACUCCAGAUGUAUCCGGAUGUGCUUCACCAAAAUUUCAACAAAUAUUCAAAAGAGCAAAGGAGAUUUUUGCCACAAAGAAUAGAACAACUACUGAAGCAGAAGCUCCACAAGAAUUCUCUGUGAAUGAGACACUUGUAGUUUCUGAAACAUUGGCACAGAUCACAGAAAAGGAGACGGUCUCUGUGGCUGACGUCAUUCUCACCUCCCAAGUGAUGGAAAAGCUUGGUAAAACCAAAUUCGCCAAGGGUCCAGGCAAUAAACAUGAAUUCAAGAAAAUUUUCAAGAAUGUUGUGAAAACAGGAAGUAACUUGGUAUCCCAUAACCAGACAUCCACUUGGUCUGGUAUGAACCCAGUAGAUAAAGCAAGAUGUGCCAAAGGCCUACUCGUUGCUAUGGAAUCCGCCACCGUCUCCAUGGCACAUUCCAUUGAUUAUCCAGUUGCUAUAGAAACCCAUGACGAAAACAUAGAUAUGCAGCUACGUGUAAUUAAUGUAUCUAAUGACGAUACCCAACCAAUGGUUUAUGAGGAAGGGAAAUCUGAUGUUAAAUUCUCUAUACCAAAAGAAACCCUUCAAAAACUCAGUAAAGGUGGACUGGCCAAAGCUGUAUUUAUGACUCAUUACAAAAUGGCGGAUAUUUUAGACGAACAAUCGCCGGAGGAGUCGGAAGAAAGCGUCAUCCAACCAAAAAUAGCUAGUUAUAUAUUUAGUGCUACGUUAGAUGGAAAUGAUAAUUCCAGACUUCCAGAACCUAUUACCUUCACCAUGAAACAUGUACAUAGCUUUAGUGCUAACUCAGUUCCAUUGUGUUCUUUCCUCAAUAUGUCGGGGGCUGUUGGAACUUGGUCUCAGGAUGGUUGUGAAGUGGUCAGUACAGAUGCCGGUCAGACAACCUGUCAAUGCGACCAUCUAACAAACUUCGCCAUAUUAAUGGACGUACAAGGAGUCGAGAUGACUGAUGUACAUUCGUCCAUGUUGAGGUAUAUAACAAUAGUAGGAUGUGUUAUAUCACUUGUUUGUUUAGUUAUUUGUUUUCUCACAUUCAACUGUUUCAGUGCUAUCCAGGGAGAAAGAAACUCCAUACAUAAGAAUUUGGUAUUCUGUUUGUUUGUUGCCGAACUUUUGUUUUUAGUUGGAAUUGAUAAAACUGGAGACAAGUUAACAUGUGGUCUUAUAGCAGGAUUCCUUCAUUAUUUCUUCUUAACAGCCUUCACAUGGAUGUUACUAGAAGGUCUACAUAUCGUCUGUAUGUUAGUACAAGUUUUUGAUGCUUCUAAAUCCAGAUUACCCUACUAUUAUUUUGUAGGAUACGGUUUUCCACUAGCAAUCGUAGCUGUAUCAGCUGGUGUUUUCUAUCAAGGUUAUGGUACUGAUAGAUUCUGUUGGUUGACGACGGAGAGAUAUUUUAUCUGGAGUUUUGCUGGUCCAGUAGCCGUUGUUCUUCUGGUAAAUGCCGUGAUUUUGGUCUAUGCCAUGUCGACGGUUUGUCGUCAUUCUGAGUAUGUGUUCAAUAGUAAGGAGAAAAACGGUAGUAGCGAUAACAUGAGAGCGUGGAUUCAAGGGGCGAUGGCAAUAGAAGUAAUACUUGGCUUGACCUGGGUGUUUGGAUAUUUCUUCUUAUCUCAGGAGACCAUUGCUCUGGCAUAUAUCUUCACUAUUCUCAACAGUCUUCAGGGGCUAUUUAUAUUCUGUUUCCAUUGUAUACUAAACAAAAAGGUGAUCAAGGAAUACAAAAGAAUAUUCCACAUCACCAAGCGACCAGCCUCAUCUACUCAAACAGCUUCAUUGAUGAGGAAACAAGGAACAUCGUAUGAGAUGUCCAACCCUAGUCACAGUCAUAGUCUCACUAACUCCAACACAGAAUCAAAAGCUUAAACCACCACGUGUGGUAUUAUAUAUAACCUUCACUAAACUCCAACACAGAAUCUAAAGCUUAAGUCACCACGUGUGGUAUCUAAAGUUUAAAUCAUCACGUGUAGUAUUAUAUAUAACCUUCACACAAAAUCUAAAGCUUAAAUCACCACGUGUGGUAUACAAAGCUUAAAUCACCACGUGUGGUAUCUAAAGCUUAAAUCACCACGUGUGGUAUCUAAAGCGUAAAUCACCACGUGUGGUAUCUAAAGCUUAAAUCAGCACGUGUGGUAUCUAAAGCUUAAAUCAGCACGUGUGGUAUCUAAAGCUUAAAUCACCACGUGUGGUAUCUAAAGCUUAAAUCACCACGUGUGGUAUCUAAAGCUUGAAUCAGCACGCGUGGUAUCUAAAGCUUAAAUCACCACGUGUGGUAUCUAAAGCCUAAAUCACCACGUGUUGUGUCUAAAGAUUAAAUCACCACGUGUGGUAUUGUAUACAACCUUUACUAAGUCUGCAUAAUAGUUGGGAUAGUGCCCUCUGAUGGCGAGGCGGUGUGGUGAUAGGGGGCAUGGGCGCACCUAUAUACCCUCAAUAAGGGUAGUAGGCAAUUGUGGUUCGGUCCUCAGCCCCAUCGGUAGCAUAAUCCUGGCUACGCCACUGGCACUAUCCCAUGGGGUCUACCGAGUGUAAUGUUUUCAUAUUCACUGCCAACUGUUUUAAAAUAUUUUAUUCUUUAAAGAGUAAAAGAGUUCUGAUUGGUGAGCGACGAGCGUCGAUUUGAGUGCUACAAAUUAUUUAUUGCUUAAUAUACUGCCAAAAUUGCAUUGCUACUGUUCCGUGCUAAUUUAAAAUUAGAGGACCAGAGAUGAGCUUAAUGUCGUCUUUUGGAGUUUGUAUUUAAACCAAUAUUUCCUAUUAGUUUUAAUUAUUUACAACUUUUUUUAUAUACAAAGGUCAAAUUAAACCAUUCCAUUGGGUGACCGUUAUUUAAAGGUUUGACUGUACAUAUUCUAUGGUAUAUAACUUACAAUCUGUAUUAGAAUUUAAGAUGUCUCAAUUUAAUACUUUCUACUAACAGACUAUCUUUAUUAUUCUUGUGAUUAUAUGAAACAAACCGAAAAUAGUGGAAGGAUUCUGCUUUUUCAUAGACUCGGAGGCACCAUCCUUGAGCAAACUUUACCUCUUGGCCAAUGAAAGGGUCGAGACAAAAUCCUUGAGCAAACUUUACCUCUGGGCCAGUGAAAGGGUUGGGACACAAUCCCUGAAAAAAAACUUUACCUCUUGGCCAGUGAACGGGUUGAGGCACAAUCCUUGAGCAAACUUUAACUCUAGGCCAAUGAGAAGCUUGAGUCACAAUCGUUGACCAGUGAAAGGGUUGAAUUCUUAAACUAUUUUAGGUUUUGUGGACAAGUCCAAUGGUCUGUUAAUGUUUUGUGUUAUCGUUUAUUCACAUGUUUCAAUCAUUGUUUAUACUAAGUCAUCUUAUUUACUUUGUUCAAAACUUAGAAAAAGACCAUGGUUAAAUUCAGGGUAUAUAUUUAUACUGUGCAUUAUAUCACACAUAACCCAUGGGUUACAAAUCUCCUUGGGUUUUGUUAACCACCAUAAAACACAGAUCCUACUUCGUUUCGUUUCUUUUAUCCAACGUACAAAGAAACGAAACGAAAUAUAGAUAUGUGGGGAUUUAUUUUUUAUCGUGUAAAUAUAUCAUUUAAUUGUUAUGUUCAUGUCAACUUAGUGGUCUUUAAGUGUAUUAUGUAUUUGUUUUUAUACGCGUCAAUAUUUUAAUGUAGUCGUAAAUUACUUUGUUUUCGUCCAUGGCUAUUCUCCCAUCGGUCAUCCGUACGUUUUGUAUCAUCGAUGUAGGCCUAUGUUUUAGUAUAGCCAUAUCUGUUAUGUUGUCGUCUCCAAGUUCUGUUCUUACGUCGGUUCGAAGAACUUUUUUUUAAAAGAUACAUUAGUUAAGAGCUAAAUAUGCCUAUUGCAAGUCUUUCUUUAGGCUUCAAAUGUUACAGAAAUUAUUAAUCAGACCUUUAUUUACAUACCAAGCCCAAAAUCAACCCUGUAGAUCCUCGAAUGGCUUGGAUACAGCUUCGCUUUGAAAAGCCGUCCGUUUAAUAAUUAAAUCAUUAAAUAGCUGACCAAGCUAACAUUUACCAUUAAUCACUGACAUCACUACCGGAGACUGCCGAUGAAAGACCUGCCAAUCGAGAGUACCGUAGUCAUUGAGAAUGUUACUUGAUAAUUAAUCGAGAAUAUCUGGGCGGAGUUAUCGUAUGUAAAUCAAACUAUCGGCAAUUCUCGGAAACGGUGCGGAGACAGUUGAUGCCUACUUCUAGUCCAAACUUAGAACAGAAUAAAGUAAUUUGACUGACAUUUUGUUAUCAUCUAUUUUUGAACGGUUAUAUCAAGAAUGGCCACCUCUCUAUUAAAACGUGUCAUUAAUCGUUAUGUGGUUGAUGGUUGGCUCGUCUAACGCGUGCGCGUUAGGUCUGUAAGUUGCAAGUAGUGUCGUCUGCCUAACCUCAAGGGAUUUGCCCCCCGUUUCCUUCCGUCCCUAAAUAUCCCUGCGCGUAAGCGAAUUAAUGAGUAAAGAUUUACCUGAUGCUAGUCGUGGGGUUGGGUGGCCGAAUGGUUAGCGCACUCGUUGUAUUAGAAGGUCUGUCGUUGAGUCAAAUGGCGUGGUUUCGAUUCCCCGCCUGUAUGUGGCAAGGAUUAGGGUCGACUGUCCAACCUUGUGGGUUUUCUCCGGGUCCCCCGGUUUCCUCCUACUGCUAAAAACCCCUACGCGCAAGCGAAUUAUUGAAAUAAAAUUGAACCAUAUGUUAGUCACGAAAUAACCCAGUUUGUGGCGAGUGGACGUUAAACUCCAUUUCUCUAUCUCCCCUAAUGCUAGUCCCGACUUGACCCAGUUUGUGGACUCGAACAUCCAGAGUCCCUGAGGGAUGUAUAAAGAAAGCCGAGAGGUAGCCAUUUUGAAUCUUGUAGGGCCCGUUAAGUCGUCCAGUAAAAACUUAUCGAUAGUAUAUUGGUUAGAUAUCGUAGUUCACCCAAGCCUUUAAUUUAUGUGCGAUAUAGCUGCUGGUGGGUAUGUUUUGUUGCCAGGCAACACAAAAUAUAUUCUUAUUUUAAACACAGAAUGGCAUAUUUGAUAUUAUCAACAUGUUGUAGAAAUUCGUACUCCUGUUAGUCAAAGGAGAUACAUAUAUUAUAUUCUAUAUGUUGAAUUGAAUUCACGCAACAUGUGUUUAUAUCCGGUGGGUAAUCAAACAUCCAAGUAAAAUAAUGAAACUAUGGUCUGAAAAUAUGGCAUUUUUCUGUGAAUUAUCUGCCCCUUUUUUUAAAGUAUAUCGGCCUACAGGUUAUUUGAAAAUUCUCAUUUUCCCAGUUGGUGCAAAUUAUUAGGACUUUAAGCCAGGUUCCCACUGUCGUCAGGCUCCCACUGUCGUACGAUGCGUUACGAUAGGUGUGUCCCUAAUAGAGACUUUUGGCAAGCGGAUUUUUCCCAUCCGUGUCCCGUAUCCGUAUCGUAUAUACGUGAUACGUUGCGUCGAUGUAGUUUUAGAGUUUUGGCAGAUUUUAGCAAUUUUUGGUUUCACUAAUGUAUCAUUUCAGAAAGUUUAGCCCAUAGAUCAACCAGUAUGCAGACAGGCGGGAAAAAUAUGAAAAUUCCGAUAAAAACCCAUAAAAAAAUGAUUAAAUUGCAGUCGUUAUCACUGUUAAAAUCACAUCAAAUAUACACCUUCGUGUUCCAGGAUACACAUAGAUUCAUAAAAACGCUAUGAUGCAACAUUUCAGCGUCUAAAAGUAGCAAAAAAGACGGUAAAAAGACGACAGUGUUAUACGGACCAUUUCCGUAUGAAAGCCGUUCCAUACGUGCUGCCGUAUCCGUGUGCCGUAUCACGUAUGAGAAAUACACAGAUAUUGAUGACGUCACACGCAAAAUCCAUACGGAUACGCGAUACGGACCAGGAAAUUACGCUUGCCAAAAGUCUCUAUUGAGUCAACGAUCUGCUACGUGUAGAUACCUUGGGAUACGUUCGGACACGUUUCGAGACGAUCAACACGAUUACUACAACUGACCUCAAUAUAUGACAAGACCUGGGCCAUGUUUCACGAAAUUUCAACAAAAAUAAAUCCAAUUUUAAUAAUUUGAUUGGAUAAUAUUAGAUUGAUUUUAGUGCUUAGCCAAUCAAAAUUGAAGUAUCUACUAAAAUUUAAAUUUUAUCUUUAUUUAAGUUUUCGAGAAACAGGGCCCUGAUAGGAUCACAACGAUUACUCCACGAUUUUAAUCGCGGCACGAAUCGUGAUAUUGGGAACCUAGCAUUAAGCCUCUUUUCAUUUGAAAUUAUAAAGUAAACUUUUGAAUUGGCCAAGUUUGAAACCUGGACAUUCUGUUUCUAUUUAUAAUGGUAUAAAUUAUGUAAUAUUUUAACAACUGAUGCAGCAUUAGGAUGUCAGUGCUCUUGCCAACUGUAAAUGCGGCUGAAACGAGUAAAAUCCAUAGUAAAUAUAUUUAUAUUGUUAUGUGUUGUUUGACAAAAUUUGUUUUUUGCUAUUAAACUGUCUUCAAAGAUCAUGAA